CUCUUGGUCUUUUCCCCGGCGCGUAUCGCCAUGGGCAAGAGCCGGACGAAGCGCUUCAAGCGACCUCAGUUCUCCCCUACCGGCGACUGUCAGGCCGAGGCGGCGGCGAACGGGACUGAGCAAGAGGAGGACGAGGGGCCGGCGGCGGAGCUGCUGGAAAAGCUCCAGCAUCCUAGCGCCGAGGUCCGCGAGUGCGCCUGCGCGGGGCUGGCCCGGCUGGUGCAGCAGCGGCCGGCACUCCCGGGCCUGUUGCGCCGGGAUGCUGUGCGCCGCCUCGGGCCGCUCCUGCUCGACCCCAGCCUGGCCGUGAGAGAGACGGCGGCCGGCGCGCUGAGAAAUCUCAGUGCUUGUGGAGGCUUUGAAGUUUGUGACGACAUGGUGACUAAGGAUAUCAUGACUCCUCUGGUGGCACUGCUAAAAGAGUGUAGUGCUGGACUGGAUUCAAAUGAGAUGUCUCCGGAAAAAAAAGAUCGGAGCAGAAAUUUUAUUGAGAACAUAGCCAAUGAGGCCAUGAAUGUGCUGUGGAAUAUCUGUGAAUGCAGUAGUAGAGCAGUGUCUAUAUUCACCAAAGAAGGGUGUUUGGAGAUUGUGUUAAAGUGUUUAAGUAGGUUUUCCACCAAUGUUGACCUGGCUAUUUCAGUAGCUUAUUGUUUACAGACAGUGACCGAAGAUAACCCAGAGCUACUGAGAUCUUUCAGUGCCCCAGCAUUGCAUGUGCUGGAGUCAGCGAUGCUUUCUCCUGUCAGCUCCAUGGAAUACCUUCUAUUAAAGACACUGCUAUCAGGCACAAUGUGGAAUCUAAAAGACAUUAUUCCAUCCAAGAGUCAGGCAGAAAUCAUAAAUGCCAUUCUAAAGAUCUUAUCUGAGGUUUUGGAAAUGGAUGCUGGCAAAAUAGUUAUUCAAAUGAAGGAGGCUGAGACUCAGAAGUUAAAAACUGCUGCAGAGACCGAGGAAAUAUUAGAAAAUGCUAAUGGUGGUGUUGUGGUUGAAGAUGAUGAAAUGGAAGAAACUCCUCCAAGAAGAAAAGUCAGAAGGAAAACUUUCAUUUCAGAUUUACUUCCACCCACUGACAAGGAGCUGAGAGAGACCAUGGCGUUGCUGACAGCUCAGCAGACCGCUCUGGAACUUAUUGUCAACAUGUGCUGCAAUGAAGAUGCUUCCGACGAUGAAUGGGAAGAGCUGUCUAGCAGCGACGAAAGCGAUGCGUUUAUGGAGGAUUCCUGCAGUGAGGGUGGCGGGCAGCUGCUGUCUCCCCUCUGCCUCUCCCACGAGGUUCACUCUGCUCUCACCAGCCACCUCAUCCCAAAGAAGGUUUUUGAAAAAACUGCCUUUCCAAACAGCGUUGCAGUUGACAUAUGUUUUAGGAACCCCACUUGGAAACCUUUGAUUAGAAAAAUGAACACUAUACAGUGCAGAGCCCUCGUGUGUCUCCAGAGUCUGGUGUCCCUCCUGGACGUGGACCAUCUGGGAGGAGCCCCAGCCCUUCAGGCCCUUGCCCAACAUCUGUCACAACUGCUUUUUUCUCAGCCAGAUUUUGCUAAGCAUGUUGACUUUCUAGAAGCCAUAAGUAGUGCCUUGAGGGCCCUUUUGCAAACAAUGGCCUCCAAGAACAUUUCUCAGUGUAUGACUCCUGAUCAGCUGAUGACGCUGUGCAAAGCAGGCAUUCACAGUAGUAAUGUCGGGGUUAGAGUAAAUGUUGUUAGUAUUUUAGGAAUCACUGGGAGUGUCCUUGCCAAAGAAGAUGGUACACUCGAAACUCUUAAGACCAUCGGGUGCCUUCUGCUGGAGGUGGCCACCAAAGACCCUUCCCUGGUUGUGGCGGGAGAAGCUCUGGACGCCCUCUUUGAUGUUUUUGCCGAUGGUAAAGAAGCUGAAAGGGCCUCAGUUCAAAUUAAAUUGUUCUCUGCUCUGAAAGAAUUCCAGCCAGUCUUCAGAAUGAAGAUACGAAAAGAAGGGAGAGGUAAAUACAGUCCAGAUCAGCUGGGUGUCCUCGACAACGUGAAGAUGAAUUUGAGAAGGUUUGUCACUUACCAGGAAGCUGUGGAGAAAAGACUGACUUCUUGAACCUUUGCAAAAGAGACCAUCUCUUGCCUCAAAGUGUUCAGUGCUGAGGAACACCAAAGGGUUUCCUUCGAGUGUGUACACUUCUGAAAGUCAUUUUUAAUGCCUGUAUUUCUGUACAUUAAUUUUGAAGUUCAUAAAAACUUCAAAACCUGUCAGAAACUUUUUUUAAGCUCUGGGAUCUGUGGCUUUUCCAAUGCUCUCUAAAUUAUGUUUCCAGCGUGUUUUAAUCCCGGGAAACAGGAGGAAUGGAGGCGUGGAAACAAAGGAAUCUCAGGUGGUUCUUUGUGAGCAGUGAAGAAACUUCCAAACAAUCAUGUUUCCCUUGAAUUUUGCAAAAAGGAAAAUCCAGAGCCUUGCUUGGAUGAUCUUUUAAGCCAGUAUCAUUUUAUAUUCACUUGAUCUUUGACUAAAAUAUGAUGACAAGCUUUAUAAAAUGUUUUUGUAUGAAGUAUACCAAUUAGGCUUACCUUUUGUGAAGAAGUGAAUGAGUUGAAUUUCUGUUCCACUGUUUAGUAGAUGGAGUAUACUAAUGAGCUAAUGAAGUCAUUGUCAUCCUCUCCACAAAUGGAUCUGAUCAGUUACCGCUUUGUAACAUCACUCCUUGUUUAAUUUGAUCAGAAUUAUGAGAAAAUAUUUUUUAAUAAAUAACUUUUGAAUUGAAA